AUGUCGGCGGCCGCAGUUGCGGCGGACGCCAGCCGACCCUUCGCCGGCCUGGCGUCAGUAUCCAUACCGGAGGACACCCCCGUGGAGGGCGAUAUCUCCGUCCCGCUAAACUCGUCGUCAUCUGGCGGGCGUGACGACGAUGAGAUGUCGACGCUGGACGAGCCGGUGAAGGAGACCAUCCUGAGGGACCUCCGUGCUGUGGGCAAAAAGUUCGUGCAUGUCCUGUACCCCAAACAGAGCUCGGAACUGCUGCGGGAUUGGGACCUGUGGGGCCCACUGCUACUCUGCGUCACCCUGGCGUUGCUCCUACAGGGUGGCGCUGCUUCCCCGCCCGGCGGCGACCAGGGCGGCCCGCAGUUCGCUGAGGUGUUCGUCAUCGUGUGGUUCGGCUCCAUCAUCAUCACGAUGAACUCUAAGCUUCUGGGUGGUACCCUCUCCUUCUUCCAAAGUCUGUGUGUACUGGGCUACUGCAUCAUGCCACUGACAGCGGCCAUGGUGGUGUGCCGGCUGGUUCUGCUGGGCAGCGAGGGAGUCGUCAGCUUCGCUGUGCGUCUGGCCGUGGUGGCGGCGUCCUUCGGUUGGUCCACCUUUGCCUCCACAGCCUUCCUGGCAGGCAGCCAGCCGCCCAACCGCAAAGGGCUGGUGGUCUAUCCAGUCUUCCUCUUCUACUUUGUUAUUGGCUGGAUGAUCCUCACGUUCUCGCCAGCACAGUAG